GGACGGACUGCCGUUACUACCCGGCUAAGAUCCAGUCCGUGCACAAAGAAGGAACAUACACUGUGCAGUUUUACGAUGGAGUUAUCCGGUGCAUGAAAAGGAUGCAUAUCAAGUCUAUGCCUGAGGAUGUGAAGGGGCAGAAGGUAAGAGGCGACAGAGAGCUGCGUUUAUUGUGACGGACAAAGGACGUCAAUGGCGUCUUCUGUGCUCCAACAGCGGUUCAGGGAGACAGUGACCAAACCUCUCUUCAUUUCUCCUCCAUUGCAUUAAUGUGUUACGUUUUAUGAAAUCGUAGAGCUCAAGAUAUUUUGGAUAACAUUAUGUGUUAAAAGCUUUUAUUUUUUUUAAGUUUUUUUUUUUUUUGUGAAAAAUCUCGCAUUUUUAUGCUUUACCAUAACACAUUAACUUCCAUUUACUUCAAAACAUCUACGCACCUAAAGUCUAGAUGAUAAGUUAAAAAAUACUGUAAUUGAACCAAAAUAUAAUUUAGCAAUUAUGUCCUCUAAUAUGUUGUUAAGCCAUGAGUGAAUAUUACUAAACAGUUUAAAUAUUUGUGUUGAUUGUAGUUGCUGUGAGCUAAAAUCUUUUUUAUAGUCUCAUGUUGGCACUUUGGGGCUGUAUACAAAGAUAAUUUGGGGGGGAACAGUUACCACAUUUUGUGUUACAUCUCACUCGUGAAAUUCAAUAUUAUUCCCACCAGAUAAUUGCAGGCUAAUUACCAGACUUUGCUUCGCUUCCUGUGGUGGGAAUACAGAUAUUCUUUUAGCCUAAAGCCCAGAUAUACCACAUCUGCUUUUACUAAAUAAUUUUCAGUUGUGAAUACAGCAUCAGGGUUGGGUCUUAUGUGUAGUCAUGUGCCUAGGUGUAGUCGGAGAGACUCCAUGGUAACAGAUGGCCAGCUCCUGAGUUCCUUCCAUCCUCUAGUUCUUAACUACAGGGGGUUCAGGUUGGUGAUUGGACUGUCUGUUGAAGAAGGAGACAAUAUACUUUAUUGAACCCUGCCGGAUAAUUUGUCCUGUGCGUUUCACCCAUCCUAGUUACUUAGGAGCAGUGGGCAGUCACCGUGCAGGGUGGGGUUAAGGGCUUUGCUCAAGGGCCCAAUGGCUGCAUAUACUAUUAUGGCUACACCGGGGCUUUUACCACCAUCCUUCCUGGUCCCAGUCAUGUACCCUAGCCACUACGCUACAGGCUGUCCAAAAAGAUUAAAUUAAAUUAAAAUUGCAUUAGGCUCAUGAAUAUUCAUGAGGACACAGUCCUAAACAGAACAUCCACUUCCCUUCAGGAAUUGUCAUAAUUUGAUUCAUCCAUCAAAUUGGAGCACAUCAGCUUUAGGGCCCAAACAUACCAUUGAAAGAAUACAGAGUUGGCCAUCUGGUUAGUCUAGAGAAUCCAUGGUGUAGUUCUUAAUUUCUCAAUGGGUGCCAGUCAGCCAUUUUGUCCGGGUCAACAGGACUGGAUCGCCCUGGUGAGAGCCGCCACCUCCGCCGCCAAGAGAAAGCAGUGCCCUGGGGCCGAGGGCAGCAGGGAGAAGAGGGACGGGAGGUCAGGCGAUGAAGCCGGAACGCCCCCCUCAGACGAGGCCUCGGGCGAAGAAGAGACCGACUCUGCCGCCAAAUCAGCAAAGCUGGGGUCCAUCGGCGAGGGAGAAGUGAAGCUGUCCGCAGAUAUGCCGGAAGAAGCUAAAUCAAAAAGAGAGAGAACGAAAUCCAGUUCACAUCCCUCAAGGAGGGCCCUCCUCACCAAAUUCAGAGUCUCCGUGGCGAAGAAGGAGGAAGAGACUGAGCUCAAAGAAGAGAAAGGGAAUGCUCCAGGAACUCAUGAAGAGGGGUCUUGCGUGGGCGCAGACGGGCUCAGGAAGGCGGGGGUGCCACAGCGUUUCGCUGCCACGGCCAGCACGGGCCAGAGCGGCCAGCCCAAUCAGAGCGGGGCAGAUCCUGUGACCACGCCCACCGCAGAGGCAGAGCGGCCGCCCAUUGGUCCUCCCAGCGCCAGGCCUGAUCUGAAAGGUGCUACUAGAACCCCAAAGCUAAACAAGCAUUCCAGGGAACCCAUAAUGAACACCAUUAAAUUGGAGGACCCUACCUCGCCCCACGACCUGGACCACAACAAGUUCAAGUGUCAGGUCUCGGGCUGCUCGAAGGCCUUCCGCAAAGCCAAGCUGCUGGACUACCACCUCAAGUACUACCACAACGCCGACAAGGAGGCGGAUUCAGAGACGGGGUCGCCAAACAGGGCCGCCCGCACCAGGACCUCCUCCGCAUCUACACCCUGCACCACUCAGCCCGAGGGACCCAGCAACAAGAGGCGGAGAUGUGCCUCCACCUCCGCCUCCGUGUCCCCACAGGAGCACCCCUUACAUCUGGACUCUAGCGCGGUCCGUCUGAAACCCCCAAAGUUCGGUAAGAAGAAGCGCUCUUCGGCCUCCAUCAGCUCGGAAGGAACCGAGGAUUCGCUCCCACCACCUCUGCCCCUCCCGCCGCGGAACAGGUCCUUUGAGAGU